AUGGCUCAUGACAUCUUCUACUCUGAUCACAACAUCAAGUUUAACCUUGAGCAUGCGUGGUGUGUGUUGAGGUUUGAACAGAAAUGGCUUAGCCUUAACACUCCUAAAGCCAGUGGCUGUUCAAAGAGGAAAAAUGGUGAGACAGGUUCCCAAGCUUCAAGCACCAAUGUUAGUGAUCAUGAGAUCCGGCCUGAAUGUGUCAAGGCUGCUAAAUCUAAAAGGAAUAGUGCUAAAGAGAAGUCUCUUGCUGAGUAUACGAGUAUCUGGGAAACGAAGAAGGAGGAUUUGGCGAUGAAGGAGAGACUGUCAAAGCUCGCCAUACUAGACACUCUCCUAGCCAAGAAAGAACCACUAAGUGAGGCUGAAGAAGUUGUCAAGAAUAAACUCCUAGCCCAGUAUUUCUGA